UGCCCGCACCUUCAUAACCUUGUGAUGGCCCUCUUAUGAUAUGAGCACCAGCACCACCAAUCCGGAUCUCUGUCCCCCGGAUACUUGCACAAGAGUCAAAGUUCCGACAUGAAGCAGGCUAAGGAGAGCACGUCGUGCUCUCGGUGCCGGCUAUUGAAGCGGCGAUGCGACAAGAUCAAGCCAAGCUGUGCCCGUUGCAAGCGUGGAGGCAUCCCAUGCGCCUACGAAGCAGACUCGGAAAUGGAUAAAAUCGGACCCAUGGUCUCCAAUGACUCUAAUAUCCCUUAUCAGACGCCGGCAGGGACACGCACAAUAGCUAUCCGCAAACGCAAUCGAGUAUGCCUCUCGUGUACUCGCUGCCAUCGACUCAAGGUCAAAUGUGACCAAAAGCAGCCUUGCUUGCGAUGCUCUCGAUCUGGCGUAGAGGCCGACUGCGUGUAUACGCACAAGUCAAAGCCACGUGUGCAACCUCACGAGCCAGCGAUUGGUCAGUCACAUUUCCAAGAGAUCCCUCAAGCGGGGAUCGAUGAAGACCCAGAAUUUUUGGUCGCCACAUGGUUUCUACGAAGGCGUGAAUCAACUCGUUUUAGAGGCAUCGUAAACCUGAUGGAAUCCUUAGCAAGCGUUGACUCGACCCCCUUCGGAAUUGCUGUGAAGCAGCAUAUCGAGUCACAUUGUUCCAGUGAUUUCGCGUUACCGAGCAAUUAUCCUUUCGGCAGUCCGGGGUCAGGUCGUUACGCAUCGCCACAGCAGGUGCACGAACUAAUACACAAAGCUCGCGAUGACGUGGCCGCCCUUGUGGCCGGAUACUUCAAGUCGUUCCACCCGGCGUUGCCUGUUUUCGAUCAAUCGGGUUUUGACGCCAAACUUACUGACUUUUGGAGGGAACCGGAAAGUGCAGACCUGAUUUGGCUCGCCCAGUUCCUUGCUGUGCUUGGUCUUGGUGCCUUUACAUUCGAGUAUGCAAUGGACAACGGCAAACCGGCAGCUUCAGAAUUCUUAUACGCAAGUGAAGCUUGUAUGGCUCGGACAACAUACAUGGCACAUCCUACAACCACAGCCAUCAGUACACUGUGCCUGAUGGUGAUAGCCAAACAAGCAACCACAGCCACUUGCUGGGCGUUGGACACUUGCUGGAACGUCAUGGGCCUCAUUGUCAGACUCUCAAUGAUGAUGGUACUUCACAAGGAAUGGAUGCCAGGUUACAAGGAUCCCAUAGCUGCUCGCGAAAGAGCUGUUCGCCGUCGCCUCUGGACCAUGGUCGUCUACCUGGAUACCCAAAUGUCGACUCGCACUGGCCAGCAAAGUGUGCUACCACACGGCAUCAUCAACUCCAAUACCUUCAGCGUUGAUAAAGGGGAUUGUUGGGAUACCAUUAUACCACGGUCACUACCACUCGUGUGCGACAUACUAUCACACAUGAACGUGCACGAUGGCGAGAUCUUCUCUUACAAUAAGGUCCUCAAAUACGAUCGUGAGAUCACGCAGUUGAUGCACGAAGCCACUGCCUUCUACGAAGGAGACAUCGUUGAGCUGACGCUGGACAUCUAUUUCCGACGCGCUCUCUUGGUCGUGCACUGCCAAUAUGCGCUGCAAUCCAACGCUCUUUCUGUCUACCCAGAAUCGUACAAUGCGACAAUCGAGAUCAAUCUCGCGCUCUUGAGCCAUUAUCACCGACUUUCAUCUAUCUCGCCACACACGCAUUUACUGGCCGAGCCGUAUAUGAUGGACUUUUUGUCUGCUGCUAUCACCACUUGCAUGAUGCUACUGGGCGAGGAUGCAGUAUCCUCGUCUUCGACGAUGAGCAGAAAUGUCAGCCUGACACAUCGAAAACCUAUGCUAGACUCUCUUAUGCGUUGCAUGGACAUUCUUGCGAACAACAGUAGGAAAGUGUUUUGCUUCACAACCGGCUUCAAACAAAUACAGGCAAUCUAUGCCUUGACUUUAAAGGAUAACCCCGUUCAGUACGGGACUAAUAGUAUAUGAGGAGUGAUGACAUGCUCAAACGAUGACAAGUCACUGACAUCUUGUUGAUACAUGUGUCGAUCUGUCACCUGUGUUGAUGUAGUCGCGGCACUUGCGACGGUAUCUGUGUCAGAAUCUCGCUUCACCACGACAAACCCGUCUCAACCUUCCAAAUCCACCAGGGCGGAGACUGAGCCCGCACUUUCACGCUCGCCACCCAUCUCGGACUACCGAAAAGCGAACGGCCGCUCGAGAGCCUAGAGGUGAAGCACGGAACCGAGCGGCGCGU